GCCAAUAGAAGAUCAGAGACCCAGACUUUCAUCAGUUUUGGGGUGCUCUGUGAAUAUAGAAAAUAAAACAGUCGUGUACACAUUUAAGGGUUUAUUGUGCUUUUGAUACAAGAACAAGAAUAUUUUACAUACCUUUUUUAAAUAAUUGUUAUUACACCCUAUACUUUUUAUUUAUUUGAUUGUACUUAAUUGUUGUACUCAACUUUCAAGCUAUAUUAUAUUAUUGCAAGUAGAGCCAUUGUCACAGCAAAACGUUCUGUUCCUGCCCAGGAUCCACACAGUCCCCUGAACGUGAACCCUGUCAGCGGGAGGAGACUGCAUGUCCCCGGCCUGACGCGGGGAUCCUGCGGCUCAGCGACGGCGUCUGUCGCUGCGGAUUAACGAGCGGAGAGAGUGGACGGCAGUAGCCGACACAAGUUUGCAGUUUCACCCCCCGAGAACAAAGGGACACAUUCUGUCCGGAUAACUUGCUGUUCGACGCGUUAACAACCCGGUCUCAACCCAGUUUGGAAACUUAUUCGACAUGCGGGACUUAUUCCGCCGUCGUACGAGCGGUACAGACGGACUUGGAGCGGUGUGAUGCUUUGUGAAGGGACCGAAGCACGAAUCAAAGUUUCCCUCCGGACUUUAUUGAAAUAGACUUCGUCCUAAUCUGUGUCGCCAACUCAAUGUGAAGCAUCGUCCGAGCAGACGAGCAAUCUCUCGCUAUCAUGGAGGUGUCUCCUCGGCCCAGCGGGGAGAUCCAGAGACGGAACCCGCAGAACGACUUCGAGCUGAUCCAGAGGGUUGGAAGUGGGACUUAUGGGGACGUGUACAAGGCGCGAAACAUCAAAACGGGAGAGCUGGCUGCCGUGAAGAUUAUAAAACUGGAACCAGGCGAUGACUUCUCCAUCAUCCAGCAGGAGAUCUUCAUGGUUAAGGAGUGCAUGCACCACAACAUCGUGGCCUACUUCGGGAGCUACCUGUGCCGGGAGAAGCUGUGGAUCUGCAUGGAGUACUGCGGGGGAGGGUCCCUGCAGGACAUCUACCAUGUGACCGGACCUCUGUCUGAAGUUCAGAUAGCAUACGUCUCCAGGGAGACUUUACAGGGUUUGGGAUAUCUGCACAUCAAGGGCAAGAUGCACCGAGACAUCAAGGGGGCCAAUAUACUCCUAACAGACUAUGGAGACGUAAAGCUAGCCGACUUCGGGGUGGCCGCCAAAAUAACCGCUACCAUCGCUAAGAGGAAGUCCUUCAUUGGAACACCUUACUGGAUGGCUCCCGAGGUGGCGGCGGUGGAGAAGAACGGCGGCUACAACCAGCUGUGUGACAUCUGGGCCGUGGGCAUCACCGCCAUCGAGCUGGCGGAGCUGCAGCCGCCCAUGUUCGACCUCCACCCUAUGAGAGCCUUGUUCCUGAUGUCAAAGAACAGCUUCCAGCCCCCCAAGCUAAAAGACAAACCCAAAUGGUCCUCGGCCUUCCACAACUUCGUCAAGCUGUCCCUCACAAAGAACCCCAAGAGGAGACCCACGGCGGAGAAACUUCUCUCGCAUAUGUUUGUGGGCCAGUCGGGGCUGAGCCGGCGUGUGGCGGUGGAGCUGCUGGACAAGAUGAACAACCCUGACAACCACCAGCCCUUCAGCGAGGUGGACGACGACGACCUGGAGCCCCUCUCUGCAGUGAGACACACCAUCCGCUCCACCAACAAGCAGUCCAGGGCCGAACGCACACGCUCCGAGAUCGUCUCCCACAACGGAGCAGACCAGGGCAGGCCGUGUGCACGUCCUAGCUUCCGCGAUGAAUUCAGGGCUGACCCAGUCGACAAGGUCCAGUUCGAGCCCCCGCUUCUCAAGGAGACCGAAGCCCGCUCUGAAAUGGAUGUGAGUAAAGAGAACGACUUCCCUUCCCCCUGGAGUCCCUUCGCCGAAGGAGGAAUAACGGCCAGGAGCCUACUCCAAAGUGUUGAGGACGAGUUGUUCCAACGCGGACACAUCGCCCACCUGGAAAACGCCUUCGAUGACGUGGAGCUGUCCACCCUUAAACCCGGAGUACCGCCCCCUCUACCGCCGAAGCCGAGGCUGCACAGCGGCUCUGACGACCUGGGUCUGACGGACGAGCGCUGCGUCACCGUGCGCCGUUUCCCCAACGCCGACAACGGCGGGCCGGCCCAGGCGGCACGCCGCCAGAGCAUCCCGGGGGAGGGCGGCAAGGCCCAGAACACCGCCCCCGACUUCCUGUCGGUGAGCGUCAGCAGUCCCGGCCUGCUGUCCCAGACGUCGGACCCCGAGGACUCUGACGACAGCGGGAACGGAGACGGCUCCAAAACCACGGCCAACCGACCCGGCCGGAAGGAAAAGAAAGAAUUCCCGAAACCAGCCAUCAACGGCCUGCCACCCACGCCUAAAGUCCUGAUGGGGGCGUGCUUCUCCAAGGUGUUUGACGGUUGCCCGCUGAAGAUCAACUGCGCCACGUCAUGGAUUCACCCCGACACGAAAGACCAGUACCUGAUCUUUGGGACUGAGAUUGGCAUCUACACUCUGAACCUGAACGAGCUACAUGAAGCCACCAUGGAACAGCUGUUUCCCAGGAAGUGCACAUGGCUCUACAUCAUCAACAACAACCUGAUGUCUCUGUCUGGGAAAACCUUCCAGCUGUACUCCCACAACCUCAUCGGCCUGUUCGAGCAGCUCAAGAAGCCCGGCCUGGCCGCGCAGUUUCAGACCCACCGCUUCCCCGACCGCAUCCUGCCCAGGAGAUUCGCCUUGACGACCAAGAUCCCGGACACAAAGGGUUGUCACAAGUGCUGCAUCGUGAGGAACCCCUACACCGGCCACAAGUACCUGUGCGGAGCGCUGCAGUCGGGGAUCGUCUUGCUGCAGUGGUACGAGCCCAUGCAGAGGUUCAUGCUGAUCAGGCACUUUGACUUCCCGCUGCCCAGCCCCUUGAAGGUGUUUGAGAUGCUGGUUGUCCCGGAGCAGGAGUACCCCAUGGUGUGUGUGGCCGUCAGCCAGGGCAGCGAGCCCGGCCAGGUGGUCCGCUUCGAGACCAUCAACCUCAACUCCUGCUCCUCCUGGUUCACGGAGAUGGGGGGGGCCAGCAGCCAGCCCAAUCAGCAGGUGGAUGCCAUCCAUGUGACCCAGCUGGAGCGGGACACGGUGCUGGUGUGUUUGGACAAAAACCUGAAGAUUGUCAACCUCCAGGGCAGACUCAAGUCCAACAAGAAGCUGGCGUCUGAGCUCAGCUUCGAGUUCUGCAUCGGAUCCGUUGUGUGCCUCCAGGACAGUGUCCUGGCCUUCUGGAAGCACGGCAUGCAGGGGAAAAGCUUCAAGUCCAAUGAGGUCACCCAGGAGAUCUCUGAUCCGAGCCGUGUCUUCCGACUCCUCGGAUCUGACAGGUCAGACGAGAAGACGGUGGUGGUGUUGGAGAGCAGACCUACGGACAACCCUACGGCGCUCAGCAACCUCUACAUCCUGGCUGGCCACGAGAACAGCUACUAGACCCCCCCCCAGGCCCCUCCCCUCCCUGGGGCUGGUCUGAACUGGUCUGGUCCGGUCCGGUCCGGUCCUGAUGUUGUACAUUUUCUACGUUUUCUUUCCUUUCCGUUGCGGCCGGUCUGAGAACAGUUACAGGGAGCGCUUGUUACGAGUCCCGGGACUGCCCGUCGCCGGAGGACAGGGGCGGAGCUUCUCCUCCCGACGGACGCCUUUUUAAACAAACAGUAUGGAUCCAUACGUAGCCUUUCAGCAGCGACCCCCUCCCUCUGUCCCCGUCCCCCCCGCCCAGCCCCGCCCCUCAAGGGGGUCCGACCAUGGGAUCCAUUCUGAAUGAACGCUGUAAGCGCGCCACGCUGCGACCGUCGUCUCCUGGGAACCGAUUGGCCCUCGGUGGCCCGGGGGCGUCGGCCCCACGGACAGGAAGUGCCAUUUGGUCAACGCACCGCUGUUUGAGUCAACGUUAGCCAACCUGAGAGUGUUCUGACUUUAGUGUUCUGACUUUUUGUUGUUUUUUGUCUUUAUUUGGGAGAGUUUAUUCUGGGGGGGGACAGGGACGUCUACCAGAGUGUGAAGUCCAGAUCCA